AUGGUCGACGAGAGCAACGCGUUGAUAUCAAAAUUCUUACAUCGUCAUUUGAAUCUCCUGCCGAGCGCAUACGAAUCGAAUGACUCUGCUAGACUCACUUUGGCUUACUUUUUAAUCGAGGCGUUUGGGAUCAUCGGAGAAUGUUUACCCCAACAAUCCACGAUUUCUUAUAUUGAUUACAUUUACAAGUGUCAAUUGGAUUUCGGACUCGGUGGAGGCUUUAGAGGCAGCUUAUCUAUUAACAACCCACCUAUAUUCGACCCAUCAAACCUAACCAUGACUUACGCCGCUAUUCUCCUUUUAGGUUUGCUACGCGAUGACUUUACACGUCUAGACAAGCCAGGCAUUCUAAAAUCCAUCCGAGAUCGCAGACAUGCAGACGGCUCUUUCAGUCCCACUCCUACAAACUCUGAAUCUGAUAUCCGCUUAGUCUACUGCGCCUGUGCAACAAGCACUCUCAUUAAUGACUUCAGCGAGGUGCAUAUACCCACCACAAUUGCAUACAUACACGCAUGUCGCUCGUACGAUGGCUCCUAUGCUCAAAUGCCUAAUGGUGAAGGUCAAGGCGGCACUACAUACUGUGCAUUAGCCAGUCUCGAGAUGAUAUCGCAGCACUUAAACCAAUCGUCAACAUUACUAAAUGAAGAGGACGUCUCUUCCACCCUAAGAUGGUUAUCGCAGCGUCAAGUUGAUGGUUUUCAGGGUCGUACUAACAAAGAUAGCGAUGCAUGCUACUCGUUUUGGAUUAGAGGUGCUUUUAAUAGUCUCAAAGCCAUAUCCAGUCUACCACCGUCAUUCGACAUAUUCGAUGAUGCACAGGAUGGUAACUUCAUACUCAGCUGCUUACAUCCCCUCGGUGGUAUUGCAAAGUAUCCAGACGAGCUUCCAGAUGUGUUGCACAAUUGUCUCGGUCUUUCCGCGCUAUCAAUGGCUAGCAAUAGAGUGGAUCAAGCAAAGUCGUUGAAGAGAAUAAAUAGCACACUUAACGUGGAUAUCGAGACAUUAGAUCAUAUAAAGAGGAAGAUGAGUGUGAGAUGA